UGUCCGAAUGCUGUGAACAAUUGAAGAUACUCCAAGGAAAGAAAAUAAAUAAUCCCUCCAUCACUGAGGGUUCCUUUGUCAAUGCUACCAUUUAUGAAUCGACAGACUACUCAGCUCAUGACGAUCCAUGGGGCUCAGCUAUAUGUGUUUUCUUUCCAAUUAUCUCAAGUUCCAAACUCGAGACCAUCAUUCAGGUAUUCUCACCAAAAGUCCAGACCAAGAUGCUUGGCUAAAUAA